AUGUCGGUAAUCGCCAAACAUGUCCGCCAGGCAAUUGGCGACAAGCAGACGAACGUGGUGAUAUUCUCCGCCACGGCUAUUGCGCUGUAUGGGUACGAUCAGGGCAUGAUGUCCCUCAUCAACACAAACCAUGACUACCUACGCACAAUGGGCAUCGACGAGGAAUCUCCCAUUGUCGGCGUCAUUGUCGCGGUAUACUAUCUCGGCUGCGCAGUCGGCGCCGUCCUCUUUUCCAAACUUGCCGACGCAUUUGGACGCAAGAAGAGCAUCUUCUUCAGCUUGGCGAGCGCGAGUUUGGGGAAUUUGAUCAUGUUUGUUGCGGGCAUGAAGUUUCCGCAAGCCGCGUUGCCCCUAAUGCUGAUUGGAAGAGUGAUCAUGGGCUUGGGCGUUGGCGGCAUCGACGCGGUCAUUCCAACAUACUCAUCUGAAUUGAGCGCAGACGAAGCAAGAGGCAAAGCGCUAGCCCAAGAAUUUCAAUCCAACAUCUUCGGUCUGCUCAUGGCGUUCGGCAUCAAUCUAGGCGUUACCAUUGCACUUGGAAAACAGAACCAGUGGGCAUGGCGAACGCCUAUAAUUGUCAUGCAGAUCUAUCCUGUUCUGUUGAUGGCGGUCGUGGAGAGGUUGCCGGAAUCUCCACGGUGGUUUAUUUUCAACGAUCGCCAGGAUGAUGCGAGGAAUGCGCUGGAUGAUAUCUACGGCGAUGAAGGCAAGGAGCACUUCGAUGCCUUGCUCGCACAGCACGAGAGAGAAAAGGCGGAUCAUGUGGGGUACUUGGACAUGGUGAAUCCUUAUCACGCGCAGUUUCAUCCGACGAUGGUUACAAUCAUGUGCCAGAUCAACCAGGCGCUUACGGGCUAUGGUGCGGUUUCCGUGUAUGGGCCUCAGAUCUUCGGUCUACUGGGCUUUGAUGUCCGCACAUCCGAGUACCUAACCCUAGGCAACUACACAUCGUACUUCUUCCUAAUGACGCUCGCAUGGGUGCUUAUCGACGCGCUCGGCCGCCGACACCUCCUGGUCCAAGGCUCCAUUAUCCUUUCUUCGUGUUUCCUCUUACUGGGUUUGUUUGGCGGACUGGCUGCCAACGCGCCGAACCUUCACAUUCCAGUCUUCGUCCCUGGAAUUAUCGGCACUGUCGUUUUAUUUGUAGCAACAGGCGCCUUCGGCAUCGGUUGGCUCUCGACCGUCUGGCUCAUCCCCACGGAAAUCUUCCCCACCACUGCCCGAGCCCAAGGCACCGCCAUCUCCGUCAUAAUCUGGGGCCUCGCAAACUUCGCCAUAACCUUCCUCACCCCCGUCCUCUUCAACAACUUGGACUACUUUAUUUUCGUCGUCUUCGCGGCCACCAACGCUGUCGCUGGCCUAUGGACGUAUUUCUACCUGCCGGAGACAGGCGGGCGCAGCUUCGAGGAAAACCAAGAGUUCUUCAAGGAAGCCGGCGAGCACGGCACUUGGCGAGUAAGCAAGAUUGGCAAAGGCGAGUAUGCGAAGAUGCGGUAUCCUAACCCCAAGGAUGUGGAUGGAGAGAAUAUUGAUGCGGAGAGGGUGCCGCUGCUCAGGAGACUGGAGGAUCAGCUACCCAGUGUGGAGUAG